UUUUCCCGGAACCACUAACUUCUAAGCCUUCAAACCUAUUAACUAUAUGAAAGGACAAACAGACACACACAGACAGGGAGAGAGAGCGACUGCGCUUAAGUUCACGACUUUUUCAAGCUGAUUUAUAAACCAACCGAGAAUACGUGAUAUUUUAAAAUUUUCAGUGGGAAUUUGUUUCAUACUGGUUAUAGUCCAUCUGUUUCCACACAAAGAUUCAUAUAUACUGGCUAGCUCCUUAGCGUGCUUUCUUUUCUGGGUCUUGAGCUAAUUUAGUGGAUAAGAGAGCUGUAUUUGAGUUGUUGAUGAGCUUUCAUUUUUCCUGUUGAGUCAUGGGUAUGAGGUAAAAUCCGAAAAAGUUUAAUGUUUUGAGUGAGGGGGAGCAGGAAUUGAAGUAUAUGAUGGCCAGGAUUGGAUAUGAGAGGUGGGGAUCAAGAUUGGUUGGAAUAUUUGUGAUUGCUUUUCUUGUUAUGGCUUCAGUGCAUGUGUCGGCAAGACAAAGAGCUUCAAGUAACAAAGUGUCUGAAGAGGUUGAACAACCUCAUUAUGUAAUCAAAGUGUCGAAGCCUGCUUCUCCAUGGGGUCAUCAGCAUGUUUGGCCGGACAUGAAAUUUGGCUGGAGGAUUGUGGUGGGUACAAUAAUUGGAUUCUUUGGUGCAGCGUUUGGGAGUGUGGGAGGGAUUGGCGGGGGUGGAAUUUUUGUUCCAAUGCUCACCCUGAUUAUUGGGUUUGAUCAGAAAUCAUCCACUGCUCUAUCAAAAUGUAUGAUUACGGGUGGAGCAGCAGCAACUGUGUUCUACAAUUUAAGGCAAAGGCAUCCUACACUUGAGCUGCCACUCAUUGACUACGACCUGGCACUUCUAUUUCAACCAAUGUUGGUGCUGGGGAUCAGUAUUGGAGUUUCUUUCAAUGUGAUUUUUGCUGAGUGGAUGAUUACAAUCUUGUUGAUUAUUAUCUUCAUGGGUAUGGCAACCAAGGCUUUCCUCAAGGGUGUUGAAACAUGGAAAAAGGAAACCAGGACUAAAAAGGAGGCUGCUCAACGUUUGCAAUCAAAUGGUCUUGGUGGUGGAGAGGCUGAACCCAGAACUCUACCUGAAGGCCCAAGCAACGGCAGUGGUACAGAAACCAAGGCCUCUAAAAGAACAGAGGUCUCCAUUCUGAAGAAUAUUUACUGGAAGGAAGUUGGAGUUCUUGUUGCUGUCUGGGUCAUAAUCCUUGCAUUUCAGAUUGGCAAGAAUUACACAAAAACUUGUUCACCGGCAUAUUGGGCAUUAAACCUGCUGCAGAUCCCUGUGGCCGUUGGAGUGAGUUCAUAUGAGGCUGUUAACCUGUACAAAGGGCGGAGAGUGAUUGCUUCCAAGGGAGAGGGAGGCAAAAAAUUUCGAGUGCAUCAGCUGGUUCUUUAUUGUGCCUGCGGCAUUGUAGCUGGUGUGGUAGGUGGGUUGCUUGGUCUUGGUGGUGGCUUCAUUCUUGGACCACUUUUUCUGGAGCUGGGAGUCCCCCCUCAGGUGUCGAGUGCCACGGCCACAUUUGCCAUGACAUUUUCUUCAUCCAUGUCUGUUGUAGAAUAUUACCUUCUAAAACGCUUCCCAGUUCCUUAUGCGCUCUACUUUUUUGGCGUGGCAAUCAUUGCUGCUCUUGUAGGACAACAUGUGGUAACGAGGGUGAUCGCCAUAUUAGGGAGAGCAUCUCUGAUCAUCUUCAUCCUAGCGGGCACAAUAUUUGUGAGUGCGAUAUUAUUAGGGGGGAUUGGCAUAGCACACAUGGUUGAAAAGAUUAAGCACAAGGAGGACUUGGGAUUUGAAAGCUUAUGUAGAUAUCAUGCUUAGUCUUUGAAGUUUUUUCCAUAUCAAUCUUUCUGGCAUGGAGAUAUUCUCCCUAGCUCUGAACUUCUCAUACUUAGGAAUCAGAUUCUUUCGUCCCUGAGAUUUGUAAUUUUACUUGGGACAUGCUUAUUUGAAUUAUGGUGUCUAUCUUGCGUACAUCUAUACUUAUGAGUUGACAUGCUUCCUUCACCUUUAAUUAAAAAAAUAAUAAUAAUAAUAGUGAAUGGAGCAUGCCCACUCAGUAAAGAUGUACGUAAGAUGAACGCCAGAAUGCAAAUAAGCAUUUCUCUUUAUAACUUUCACAUGAUACUCAAACAUAUGGUCCUAAAAUUAGUCCUCUUGUACUGCAUGUAAGGCCCUGAUCCCACAAUGGGUACACAAUGAAUAUAUUUCUCUUUUAUAAUUC